AGGUGACGGUGCGCUUCCGGGCUGGGAUUCCAGAUCUGGUGGUCGAAACGGUCCUGGUGGAGGUGGCACACUUCGAAGCCACCGUGCUGACGGUGCGUGGCCUUGGCACCUUCCCGGGCGUCGUCUUGGACUUACCGCGCAAGAAUGAGGCGGAGCACAAGCUGCAACUGGAUGCAGCAGCCAAGCGCUUGCAGAUGCUGCCCGUGGUGUCGUCGAGUGCAUCUGCCGAUGAGCGUAGCGAAGCUUUGGACACUCAGUUGUUCCCUUCCAAACCUGGCAGUGCUGUCGGCUUCGGGCGUUCCAAGACGGCCAGUGGUGUCACUGACGUGGUGGAACCCACCCUCUCGGCUCGGUCGCAGCAUCCGGAAGUGCCGGCCAUGGAGGAUAUGAUCCAAAAACGGUUGGCUACGGAUGAGUAUCCAUGGGUGGUGAUCAGUAUUGAUUCAAGACCCACGACGACACGUCCGUUGCGGCUCGGUGGCCAAGGUGUGGCUAUGGAUUUUUCGCAGGACUUUGAUCUGGAAUUCGAAGUGGAUCGACACUACCUCUGCGAGGUCUUGUUGAAGAGCGGAGGACAGACUCCAGCACCGUCGCACCGACCGCCCAUCAGUCCACAGAGGCGCAAGAUUGGUAUCGACACGUCACCGGUCACAGCAGCGUAUUACGUUUGUGACUUUGGUCACAUCGCUUUGGGCCAGAUGAGCACGCGGAAGAUUGUGAUCCACAACUGCUGCUCCGAAUCCGUCUCCCUCUAUUUGGACAAGAAGCUGCUGAGAGAGAACGGAUUCCUGGUGGAGCCUGAUAGCAUCAAGCCGUUGGCGGUGGGAAAGAACUGCAUGUUGCAGGUCUCGGCCUGCCGCGCACGCGAUGAAGCUGAAGGCACCUUGGAACUGGAGUGGAACCUCCCCGUGAGGGGUGGGCCCAACUACAAAGUACAGCUCUUGGCAGAUUUCGUCCUCCCGGAUUUGGUCUUGUCUCAUGAGUCGAUCGACUUCGGGCGCCUCAUCGUGGGUCGCAAGAAGCGCGUGACCAUCGAGCUGCAAAAUACCAAGGCGGUACCUGUGGAAUGGGCCUAUGUGGAACCGAAGGACAAGUACGGCCGCGAGUCUGUUUUCGACCUGGUCCCUGCCACGGGCAUCUUGCAGCCGGGUGAACGGAAGCUGCUGACGGUUUCCUUUGCUCCAAUCGGUGCACAGACUUUUUCAGGCAUUCUGCAGAUCCGAAUGCGCGACAACCAGCGGCGCAAGAGCAUCAACGUGCUUGGCCGCGGUGAUGUGCUGCGUCUGGAAGUGAGGCCUAGCAACAGCUAUCAGCUGGGACCUGUGAUGCCCAACAGCGAGGGCUGUUCCGAGGAGUUCUGGUUGGUGAACCCCACGGAUUAUCCCAUCGAGGUCUUUAGCACGGAGUUUGACCAGAAAUAUCUCGCGGAGGAACGCGCCCUCGCAGAUUACGAUGGCUGGAAGCAGCGGGGUAUGGCCGAGGUGGCCGUGCGCCAACCGGGCGAUGGAACCUGGCAGGAGGUGGCGACACAGGUGGUCCAGCUCCGCAAGCAACGGAUCCAAGAGGCACAGCAAGCCAAGGAAGCGGCAGAGGCCGGCGAUGUCACUCAGCCCGUGCCCGAGGACCGUGAUCCCGCAGAGGUGGAAAAGGAAGCAGCACUGCAAGCGCGUGCCGACGAGGAGCUGGCGGCGUUGCAGGCCAUUGUGGAACGGCCCGAACGGCAGGAGAUGGAUUCCUCCCUCUAUCCGUACCGCGUGAAGGAUGGCGAACGUGUCAAUGCAGUGUUGGUGGGACCUCCAAAGUCGGGCAUGUCGUCCUUGGCGCGACAGAUGGCCAAAGAGGAUCAGCGUGCAAUUCUGACCAUGGACGAUGUCAUCCAGUGGUUGAAGCAGGGCCCGGACUUCUUGCACGACGAUUGGACCGCCCGCUCCAUCCAACGCCGUCUGGAAGGUGGUCGUUCACUCACGGUCUCGGAGGCAGCCCAUGUCUUCAAGCGACGUGUCGAACUUCCUGAUUGCAACACUGGGUUCAUUUUGGACGGCGCUUUCAGCUCACAGCUGUCACCGCAGGAGGUUCUUCAAGUUGUGCUCGAAGCUGUUCCUGCAGAGAAAGUCAUCUUGAUCACAGUGGACCUGCCCAACACCACGGAGACGCCUCCCGUGGAAGGAGUCGAGGACAAGGAACCGCAGACAGCACCUGAGGUUGAUGCGCAUGCGCCAGCUGCGCCAGCUGCGCCAGCUCCAUCCGCGCAAGGGGAGGCACUGGGGCAGCUCUACAACGCCUUGGCCUCUGGCCUCAAGGUGCAUUCGCAGGCCCUGCGUGCGCAAGUGCCAGCCUUGGAGGCGGUGCUCAAAACGGCGGAGGCGAAUUUGGCACACGCCCAGGCAGCCGAGGCAGCUGCUGCUCUCCAGGCUACAAUGGAUCCUGCGGCGGAGGAGGAGGCAGAUGUUCCUCCUGUGGACCAUCAGGCUGCAUUGCAAGAGGCCAAGAAGGCGCACUUCGUGGCACAAAGAAACUUGGAACUCCUACAGGCUGAGCUGGAGAGCAGCGAAAGUAAUCAAACGUGGAAGCCGCCAGAAGUGGAGGUGGACCCUGAAACGCAAGCAGCCAUUGAAGCUGCCAAGGAAGCACAACAAGCUGCGGCCAAGGCGCGCGCGAAGUCCAAGCCCAAACCGGGCGACGUCCCGGAGGAACCCGAAAAGCCACUGGCGGAUCUGGCGGUGGAACAUGUGGCGAAGACUUACAUGGAUCUGCAGCAGCUGGCGGUUGAAACCUUUCAGAGGCACAAUGAGCACUGUCGCGAGAAUGAAGAAGAACGGCGAAGAGAGCAGGAACGGCGGCGCCGUCAGCAGAAGGCAGCGGCGCAAACGGCCAAAGAGGCCCAGCGUCGUGGACCCAAAGGUCCUCCAGUGGAGCCGAUUGACCUGACGGCCAGCGAUUAUGAGCCCAUGAUGGAGGAUUGGCAUGCACCUACAGAAAUCCAGGCCCUGGCCUUCUGUCCUUUGCCCUUUGAUGAAUACGCAGAGCCCAUGAGGGAGAUCCUUCCGGAGCCGGCCAUUCCCACGGAGCCGCCCUUGCCUCCUCCCAGCUUGGUGCAGAGCAUCGUGGCACCUGGGGACCGUCCC